UGUCCGCUGAUCCCGAGUGCGGUGAGAGCGCGUGCGGCAGGCGGGAGUAAGGGGGACGGUGACGGUAUCGCGGGCGCCCGCGACAAUCGGCGAGGUAGCUCGCGCAGUGCCGCGGUGCACGAGGAGACCCCCGGUCGGGUUGCCCGGCGCCGUUGCGUCGCGAACGACGAUGUCGGCCGAACUCGCGGCGACGGGCGAGCGGCGGACCCGCGACGACGCCGCCGUCACGUACGUGGGACGCGCGUUCCUGCUGCUGAGCCUCCUCGCGCUGCUCCAGUCGACGCCGCCGGCGGCCGCCGGCGACUCCCUGGGCGAUCCGUACAAAAUACUGGGCGUGUCGAAGCACGCGACGGUGCAGGACAUUCGCAAGGCGUACAAGCACCUCGUCAAGGAAUGGCAUCCAGACAAAACUGAUCAUCCGAUGGCCGAGGACAAAUUUGUGGAGAUAACGAAAGCUUACGAGCUUUUAACAGAUCCGGAGAGAAGGAGGAAGUUUGAUAAUCACGGAAUCACAGAGGAGGGUAUCCCCAGGCAAAGGAGAGACAACAGUCACUUCAACGUUCUCGAUCCGCUGGAAGAAUUGUUUACCAGUAAUUUUAAAUUCCACUAUCAGAGCAGGGACAUCACGCUGUUCCACAAGAUGAGCAUCACAUAUCGAUCGUUCGAGAACGUGAUAGUGCCCAAGACUUACCGCAUGCCGUAUUUAAUCCUGUUUUACUCCGACUGGUGCAUCAUGUGUCUGCAAGCGGAGCCUACUUGGAGACGACUGAUCGACGAGCUGGAGCCGCUGGGACUCGGCUUGGCUACGGCGCACGCCAAGAAGGAGUCCACUUUGGCGAGGAGGCUCGGCGUCCACUCUCUACCGUGUCUCGUCGUUAUCGUCGAUGGGCGCACCAGCAUCUACAAGGAAUCACUGUUUAGCAUUCAGAAAGUUGUUGAAUUUGUACGAAGUAGACUACCGUCUAAAUUAAUAAGUGCUAUUAGCGAUACCACCAUAGACAAUUUUCUGUCGGGCUGGACGGAUAAUCGAAUACGCGCUUUAAUAUUUGAGAAGAGAGACUUUAUUCGCUUGCGAUAUUUGCUUACGUCUUUUUACUAUAGAGAUCGGGCGGCUUUCGGCUUCGUUCAGAUCGGCAUACCGGAGACCGAAAACAUAACGUCGAAAUACAAGAUCUCGGGAGAACUAGACACCCUGCUGCUCUUCAACGAGAAUUCUGAGAAGCCCAUGGCGUCUGUUAGCAUGAAGGACAUUUCCAGCGAAACCAUGCAUAACAUUAUCGCCAACAAUAAGUUUCUCGUGCUACCGAGACUUUCGAAUCAGGCUAUGCUGGACUCUAUAUGCCCGCCUGAAUGGAUGAGGCCGCAGAAACGGUUGUGCGCCGUUUUAAUAUCUCAGCAAAACAGCCCACUGCACGACGUGGCUAGGCACAAAUUUAGACAAGCGGCACUGGAAUCUUCUUAUGGCACGGAACGCGUCAGGUACGCAUACGUGUUCAAAGAUACGCAACCUGAGUUUGUGUCGGCGUUAUCCGCUGGUGAAGGCAGUCCGCUGGAGCCUUUAUUACAUAUCGUCAUUAUAUGGAGACGAGAUGCCAAUCACUUGAAGUACGAAUGGCUCCCUCACGGUUGGGUCGAAGCCGUUCAGGAUGAUCGUGUAUGGAACGAGACGCGUAGACAUUUAGAGAAAACUAUACAAAGGCUGUUACGCGCCAGUGAGGCUUUACCAUACGCUGCUGUCGUAGGCGAAUUGGCGGACGAACACGCACAGGGUACUGUAGACAGAUUGAUAGGAAGGGCAUUAUUAGCAGUAGAUUAUAUAUCCGAUAAUCUGACAAAAGAGCAAAUUUUGUCUUUGAUAUCGGUACUAGUAACUCUCAUGCUAAUAGGAGUCGCGGGAUAUGGAAUGUCGUACCUAGUUAAGCUAGAGGAGGCAAGUGUCCACGCUGAACGUGUCCAGUGCAAUGACAAUGCCAAGCCGCUUCCGUCGCAGCCGCAACUACGAUUGCACGAAUUACGUGCGGAGAAAUACCAUGGAUUGGUUCGGCUUUUGAAACCAGGAUGUCGAACCAUCAUUCUGCUGGUUGACGCCCAAAGCAGAUUAAAGUUAUUACCAGCUUUCCACAAAGCUGUGUGGCCUUAUAGAAAGAAUAAGACGCUUAUGUUCGCACAUAUGUCAUUAGAAAGGGGUCUCAAUUGGUACAAAAAGCUAUUAUCUCUUACCUUACCCGAGCAGAAAGAAUUGAAUAUAAAUGCCAAGAACUGCGUCGGCACGGUCCUGUCCUUAAACGGACAUCGAAAGUACUUCUGCAUGUACCAUGCUAAACACCCAGAAUGCGCCAAGGGUAAAGGUUCUAAGCGUAUGGAGAAGAUGGCCAAACAACUUGCCCAAAGACCGGAGGAUCCGGAAGCAGGCGCUUUCAUCGGUUUCGACAGUUCCAACGAAUCCGAUCUAUCUCAAGACGAGGGCGGGGGCAACAUUUUAUAUCAGGACAACCUUUUAGAUGGAUUACCAAUGUGGCUCGAUAGGUUGUUCGAAGGAUCAACGCAACGUUAUACUGUAAAUUAUUGGCCCGAGUUCACUGCCAAAUAAAAAACAAACAGGAGAAAGACGUUUUUUCUAGACGCGUAGAGGAGACUGUGACGCUUAGGGACGUAUAUCUUGGAACAUACAAUUUAUUUUCCUAACACUAACGGAGGUCUUAAGUUUGGCUGCUUGAUAAUAUCGCUUCAGUUGCUUGUUGGCAAUUCGACCAAGUACAUGUCCUGCAUAGUCAUUUUGUUUUCAUCUAGAAAGAAUCGGAGCAAUUUCAUUGUAAUGAGCGAAAAUAUAGAAAACAGACCUUAUGUAGGACUACAUAAAUACGAACAAGCAAUUCUAGAUAUUUUCAAUGGAUCUGAAAUAGAAAAAGCUGCAAAAACCCAUGACGUUGAUACAGAAUAUCUAAUCAUGUUUAUGCAUACAAUUCUUACUAAAGGAAAAAUAAUUAAAAGCAAUGAUAGAAGUGUAUCAUUUUUGGACGAACUUUCAUUUUUACUUUAUAUAAAAAUGUGCCCUCGAGGACACUGCCUUUGCUUGGCAUGUUUAAAAAUAUAUUUGCCACCUCUGAUGUACCGUUUUGUCUCACGUAAUAAGUUGAUUUAUCCAAAAAGUUGGGAUGCAUUUAAGAAGGCAGAUUUCGAUACAAAAAUGCAAUUUAUAGAAAGAAACAUGAAUGAAAUCUCUACAUUAUUUCCGCAAGAUUGUUUAAGAACAUCUCCAGAAAAUUUACUUACAAAAUCGCUGCACCUUGACGAAGAAGAUUAACGAGUGUCUGUUACAUAAAUUUGCAGCAGAAAAAUUUUAGGCAAUCACAACUGUAAUACUUUUAUUGCAAGACGUAGCCUUCUAAAUUUAAUUGUUUUUUAAGCAGACGUUCGUUAUAUUUUAGAAUUCUAUGAUCCUAUAGACAACAAUUUCGAGCAAACCUAGAUUAUUAGAAGAGAUGUACAAUUUACACUUUUCAAAAACUGUAAAUGUUUACUUAAUCUCUGCAAAUCUACAGUUUGAAAUUGAAGAAAAAAAAGAUUGAUAAAUAGUGGAAAAAAUCAAAAAAAGUAUAUCAAAAGGAAUUAUUAGGUAUCACAGUCUCCUCUACAUUUCAGCAAAAGUGAUAAAGAACAAGGUUCGCCUAGUCAACCAGAAUUAUUGCCAUCAGGAUAUGCUGUGAUUCGAAUGGACACAGACGCGACCCUGUAUAAAGACAAAACAUAUUACUGAUCAUUACUUAUGCUAAGUACCAUUUAUAAACAUAUUUACAGUUUCCUGCAUUUUAAAGAUUUUAGAUUGGUCUUUAAGUAUUGUUAAAGAAAGUACAUUAUAAAAAGUUAUAUAGAAGAUAGGAGAGAGCGGGAGAUUAUUACACCGAACGGUGGAUCAGUUCUCUGGAUAUAGAUAAAGUUUUCUAUAUACUACUACUACAUCCGUUCCUAUAUAAUUCGGGAAUACUCUUUCUAUUCCUCGAAAUUGCUUGUAUCUAGUCAACACGUUACCAAAAAUUUAGCUGUAUUGCACAGUGCAAGCAAAUAGAUAAUUUGUAUUUCCUCAGAUAUGACUGCGAAAUCGCGAUCAAUUGCGAUUCUCGUUGUGUUCGACUAUGUUAAAUACUUAUAAUAACAAUCGCUAUUUUUAAUGUAAUAAAAAGAAAUGUAAGUCUGUAUUGAUAUGUUUAUGUAUCUAAUGCGUAUCUCUGUCGCUUAUUCGCUAUAUAUUUUUCAGUAUCGUCAUACUAUGCGAACUUAUUUCUCGAAUUCGAAUUAAUUCCGCAAGUAGCACAUAUCUAUUUACCGAAUUAAUAUCUUAUGAAUAUAGUUACCGUAAAAUCGAUAUUUGUAAGUGUGGAUCCAAAUGCGAGCAUGAUAAAGGUACUUAUACUUAUAAAAAAGAUAAUUGCCCUUAUCAAGAUUUAUAUACGUCCAUUACUUUGUUACUAAUUACUCUACUUUUGUAUCAAUCUCUUGUUAGUGUUGUAUAUUAUUUCAGUAACGUGUGUAUAUUCGUUAUUUAAAUAAUAUAUACAUGUAAUGUUUAAAUACUACAUUUCUUUAGCCAAAGUAUUUAGCAUUAAUGAAUUUUAAAACAUGUUUACUCUUGGAUUUUUUUUUCUAAAGCGACAGAUGUGUAGGUACAUUUCAUAUUGGUUGCUCUUGUACACGACAUUUCCUUACCGCAAGAAGCUAUUAGAAUAUAUUGAACGUGUAUUAGGUACGUAGCGACAUGAGGUACAUUGUAAUCGUUGAAAUUGCAAGUUAUGUGCGCUCAAUUGUUUAUACUUUAUAUCCUUAUACAUAUUACAUAUAUAAAGAUUAAAAUUGAUGAAACAGA